AUGUUCACCAAUGUCAGACAGCUGAAUCAACAACUUUUCCUUCAAUGGACCGUGAUCCAGACCACAAUGUUUCUCUCCACUCGCCAGAAUCUCAGUCAAACACAAACACAGACAGUUAUCCGGAUCAACACAAUGAGCCCGUCGAACCAUCCACAGUUCGUGCCACCAACAUCGAUCGACACAACUAUAUUUUCGUCGUACCCUCAAUUCGCUCCCCUUGACAUGAUGAUGUUUUCAAAUUAUCCACAAUUUAUUCCAGAACCUCCACAAGAGUCGGAAAUGGGCAAUUUGUUCAACAACUGA